CAAUCAGAAGAAGGGGCGUGGCCUAAGGAUCUAUCAGCACCUGCGGGCCCAUUGCGCGCGCCCCUUCCUUGCUAUUCUCCCUCAUGGCGCGCCUCCUCGUGCUGCUCUUCCUGGGCAUCGCGGCGGCGCAGCGAGCCUCGGACCUGAGCCCUUACUUCGGGACCAAAUCGCGCUACGAGGCGAUCCAUCCACACCUGCUGGCCGACCCCUACUCAUUGGGCCCGCCGGAGCCGGGCUUCCCUUUGCCCGCGGCUAGCUGCGUGCCGAUCCAGGCGCGCGCCCUGAUCCGCCACGGCACCCGCUUCCCGACGCGGAAGCAGAUCGAGAAGCUGGGCGGCCUCCACGAGGCGCUGGUCCGCCGGAGCAGCUCCUCCCCGCCUUGCCGCCCUGCCGAGCGCCUGGCCGGCUGGGCGAUGUGGCUGCGGCCGGAGAUGGACGGGCGCCUGGCCGCCAGGGGGCGCCGCGACAUGAGCGCCUUGGCCCGCCGCCUCGCCGCCCGCCUGCCCACCCUCUUCUCCGCCAGGAACAGCUUCGCCUUCGCCAGCAGCUCCAAGCCGCGAUGCCUCGACAGCGCCGCCGCCUUCCGAGAGGGGCUCCGGCAGGUCCACGGACACGGCAGUUUGAAAGAAACCUUUGAAGUGAACGACAAACUGAUGCGAUUUUUUGAUCACUGUGAAAAGUUUGUCAAAGGUGUAGAAGACAACAGCACGGCUUUGCGUGAGAUGGACGCUUUUAAGGAUGGUCCUGAAAUGAAGACACUAGUGGAUAAAAUUGCAAGGACCCUGUGUUUACCAGUGAGUGAGCUAAAUGCAGAUUUGAUUCAAGUGGCAUUUUUCACUUGUUCCUUUGGGCUAACGAUAAAAAAUACCAACUCCCCCUGGUGUUCACUCUUCAAUACAGAUGAUGCCAAGGUACUUGAAUAUCUGAAUGAUCUAAAGCAGUAUUGGAAGAGGGCCUAUGGACAUGAGAUCAACAGCCGCUCCAGCUGCAAUCUUUUCCAGGAUAUCUUCAAGCAUUUGGACCAAGCUGUUUUGGAGAGCAAAAGCUUUACUGGAAAUGGACAGAGGCAAUGUACAGUUAAGUGUCACUGGGAUACUUGUGAAACCAAUCCCCCAAACUACAGACAAUCUUUCCUGAUAAAGGGACAUGGCAAUGGGCACAGUGUUGAACAAGGAGAGGAUACUUGUGCCACCAACAGUUCCACGCCUAUAUCCUCCCCUGUGAUGCUACAGUUUGGACAUGCAGAGACCCUCCUGCCGCUCCUCGCUUUGAUGGGAUUCUUCAGAGAUACGGAGCCCCUUAAAGCUGACAACUUUGCCAAGCAAGAAAGCCGGCAGUUUCGCAGUGGCCGCAUUGUGCCUUACGCCUCAAACCUGUUGUUUCUGCUUUAUCACUGCGAGAAAGCCAGCUCACCAGAGGAGAAAUACAAGGUUCAAAUACUGCUCAAUGAGAGACUGCUGACAUUUCCACAUUCAGGGGCGAAAGUUGCUUCGUAUAGUGACCUGAGAAACCAUUACAAACACCUCCUUGACAAUUGCCACUUCAAUAAAGUCUGUGCUUUGACAAAGCCUGGUUAAUCAGAAAGGGACACAUUAGGAAAAGUAUUAUGAACAUUGUCACUUGUGGAAGUAUUUGAGGAAACAAACUUUUACAGAGUGUCUUUGAACUCACUCUGAGGAAUGACUGUCAACAACCUCUUAAACUGAUGGUUUGCGAUUCAAAAAGUCUACCGAAAGGAAGAACCCGUUGUAGAACAUCUCAAUAUAUUCUCUUCUGUUUCUGGAAAAGAACAAUUAGCCUAAGGCUCUAAAUGUGAAUAGUCCGUGGAACAAAAUGAUGUAUUUGCUGGAAUAAUUACUUGUGGGGGGAGGGGGACAGGGACGACAGUAUGUUCAUACAAGGUUUGAAUGAAAAGUAAUGCCUUCACCAUCGUUAUUCCUCAACAGAUGGCAGUACUGGUACACGGCAGGUACUGGCUUGUUCAGUAGACUCUCCUCUACAGUUCCAUUUUGGCAGGAAGCCUUAGCAUUGAACGGUUGUGUUGUUAAAGUGAAAAGUAUGGAACCCUACAGACGGUCGGUCAAUGCGACUUAAGCAAUGUGCAGUCAUUGAAUUAUUGACAGCAGAAGGUGUCACCCCAAAGGAGAUUCAUCAGAGAAUGCAAGCUGUUUAUGGUGAUUGUGUUGACUUGAGUACUGUGCGUCGUUGGGCGAGUAAGUUUAAAGACGUUGAGGUGGAAACAUCUGACUUGAGUGACAAACAAAGAGUUGGACAUCCUGUGACAGCAACCACCAAGUUUCACAAGCAAAAGGUUGACAGAUUGAUUCAGGGCGAUCAUUGUAUCACUCCGAGAGAAAUUGCAAGCAUAAUCGGCAUUUCACAAGAACGUGUGGGUCACAUUAUUGCUUUGCUUGGCUAUCAGAAGAUCCGUGCACGACGGGUACCCAAGAUGCUGAUGCCUGAAAUGAAAACGCACAGACUUGAAACUUCAGAGACUGGAUCUCAUCACCGUACGACAUCCUCCAUACAGUCCAGAUUUAGCACCGUCUGACUUCCAUCUGUUCCUGAUAAUGAAAGAAGAUCUGCAGGAACAUCAUUAUGCUUCUGAUGAAGAUGUUGAGAGAACUGUGAGACACUGGUUGUGGAAACAAAGUGUCGACUUCUUCCGUGACAGCUUCAGAAAACUUGUUCAUCAUUGGCAGAAAUGUAUCCAAUUGUCUGAUAAUUACGUGGAAAAGUGAAUAGUGGUAGUUAAAGAGCACAUCCUAAGGAUUAUUUCUGUGUUUGAUUUAUUAAAAUAUUCCCAUCCAAACCUAAGUAACGAAGAUGGAGGCAUUACUUUUCAUUCACCCCUCGUACAUCACUUGUAUUAGGGGACUUUCAAUAUCCCUUUGCUGUAGAGUUGCUGAGUGAAAUAAGGGGUCAGUGCUUAUGAGUUUUUGAUGACAACACCUGUGGAAUUUUCUCUAUUUACACAGUCAUUAAAGUUAUAGGAGGCCUAUCUCUUAUUUUACCCCGCUACCCUACUCUGCUAACAUUUUGAUGUUUGUUAUUGUCGUAUUAUCAUAUGAACUACACAGAUACAUCCUGUUUACACUGGACAUUUUGAAGAUAUAGUACAAAUUUUGUACAGCAAUUGUGGCACUCUUUGUUUCCUGGCUGUAACUAUUUUGUUUGUUUGUUGUACGUUCAGCUGAUUUUGCACAAUAAUAACAUGCUUGCCUUCUCUUAUUGUGAAAACAUGCAUAUUGGGUUUUACUAUUUGGGCAACAAGCUUUUCCAAGUUAUAUUGAUUGUGUUCUGCAGUGCUAACAAUGAAAAGAAGUGGGCAUAACUGAACUGAGUAUAGGGUUGAAACUUGGGUCUUGUAGGUGUUAUAGAUUACAUAUCAGACAUGAGCAAACUUUGGCCCGACAGGUAUUUUGGACUUCAACUCCCACAAUUCCUAAUAGUCUACUGGCUGUUAGGAAUUGUGGGAGUUGAAGUCCAAAACACCUGGAGGGCCAAAAUUUGCCCAUGCCUGCUACAGACCCUAUAAUUCCUCACCCACUGACUGUUCCAGCUAUACUUGGUAGGCCACAGUAAUCUCAGUCAUUCGGCUAAGGAGUGUCACCUUCACUGCACAUUGUGAUGUGUUGUGCUUUCACAUCACUUCUGGUGAAUCUUCAUUACCCCUUAAAAGAUAUUUCUAGAUGUGCUGUGAUACGUUCAUUUGUGUAAUGUGUCAGAAAAAGAAUAUUCAAACCUAGCACCAAAAAUAAUUGACUUCAUCUUUGGCCCCAUCUACACUGUCAUAUAAAAUCCAGAUUAUCUGCUUUGAGCCAGAUUAUCUGGCAGUGUAGACUCAUAUAAUACGUUUCAAAGCAGUUAAUGUGGAUUAUCUGCUUUGAUAAUCUGUAUUAUAUGGCAGUUUAUUUUAUUUGUUUAUUUGUCAUGUCAGGAGUGACUUGAGAAACUGCAAUUCGCUUCUGGUGUGAGAGAAUUGACCGUCUGCAAGGACGUUGUCCAGGGGACGCCCGGAUGUUUUUGAUGUGUUACCAUCCUUUUGGGAGGCUUCUCUCAUGUCCCCGCAUGGGGAGCUGGAGCUGAUAGAGGGAGCUCAUCCGCGCUCUCCCCGGGAUUCGAACCUGUGACUUGUUGGUCUUCAGUCCUGCCAGUACAAGGGUUUAACCCAUACACUGCAGUGUAUGGCAGUGUAGGUGGGGCAUUAGUCAGUCCGGUUUGUGUGGUUUGGUUUGUGUAUAGAACCAUUCCUUGAAUCUCCGGGCCCGUCCAGACAAGCCCUUUACCUCAGGGUCUCAUCCCUGGUUUUCUGCUUUAAACUGGAUUACAUGAGUCUGCACUGCCAGAUAAUCUGGGAUAAACAGAAAGCUUGGCAUCAUAUCCUGGGAUAUAGGGCCUUACAUUGUUUUGAAUCCAAAAGGGGUGUUGGACAGAGUUUGUUAAUUUAUUUUAAUUAAGGAAGCCAACCGGAAAUAAAGAACAAACAUCCAGAAAAAGGUGGCAUCCUGAUUAUACAAUAUGGAGGUCAAAAUGCUUCUUAAGAUUAGUUAGAAGCUUAAAAUAUAUCUUCUGGGCCAUAGUAAGUUUGAUUUCAAGCAUGCUAAAUUAGUACCCUUUGAAAAAGGAUCAUUUCACAAUCUUUUUUUCUGAUAAUUUGGAGGUAUUUUUAAUGACCCCUACCAAAGCUGGUUUUGACCCACUUAGAAAAACAAACAAACUGGAAUCCCUACAAAAUUGACUUGAUGUUUCAGGGGAAAACUGGCCUAAUAGCUCAGGGAGGACAUAAUGGAAAAGCUGCGUAUGUCGCUAGAACCUUCAAGUAAAUGCUGCUGCUUAUCAGGGACAUUGUUUUUUGGAAGAAUGUGGUGGUACAAGCAGUCCAGGAGUCUGCAAAAUAGCUUUGGAGAUGUCCUUUACCUAUUUCAUCUAAUUCUGCUGCUUUUCAUUUUGAAAAUCACCCAAUUGGAGAAAUAAUGUUCAGAUGCAUUUGCCAAAUCAGUUAAGCCAAAAAAGUUAUUUACAGACAUCAAAAGGAACAAGAAAAUUGACUAACUAUUUAUAUUUUGAGGAACGUCAUCUCUGUCGUAUUCUUCUAUUGACCAGAAUAUGGCUUGUAUUGUGUAUAAGCUUCUUUCAUCUCUGUAAAGGUAUAUCACAGUGGUUCUCAACCUGGGGUCCCCAGAUGUUUUUGGCCUAUAACUCCCAGAAAUCCCAGCCGGUUUACCAGCUGUUAGGAUUUCUGGGAGUUGAAGGUCAAAAACAUCUGGGGACCCCAGGUUGAGAACCACUGAUAAUAUAUCGGGUGUUUAUGAGCAGGGGGUAAUAUUAUCUGCUAUCAGUUCACUUUUUUUGUUCUGUGAGCCUUUGUUUAAGUCACUGAUUCUCAACCUGUUGGUCUCCAGAUGUUUUGGCCUUCAACUCUCAGAAAUCCUAACAGCUGGUAAACUGGCUGGGAUUUCUGGGAGUUGUAGACCAAAACACCUGGGGACCCACAGGUUGAGAACCACUAGUUUAGGCUAUGUUUUGGCUUAUGGUCCCAGUGUACUGUCAUUUUAGCAAUAUGCCUAUUCCAGUGGUUUUUUGUGUGUUUGUUUGUUUGUUUUGCAAUGUAACACAGUUCAAAAAAUGUCACAAGGCAGAGGUACUGAAAUAAUAUACCAAAAAUCAAGCUAUCAAUCAUAUCGGCCUAAAAUGAGGAUUUUGGGACUGUUUUAUUCUUUGCAUUAGAUGCAGGUUGGAUAUGGUCACAUUUCCAUAGACUAGGGGACAGUUUAUCUUAAAUGAUUGCAGAACAAAAGUCAAGAAAUGGUAAUGAACUUUUUCUUGAUCAAGUGUUUUUUCUUUAGCCAGGCUCGUAGACCAUGGAUAUCCAAUUCCUUGUCUCCGAAAAAAUCUACUGUUGCAAUGACAUGUUUAUAAUUUAUUCCUGUGGCUACUGAAGCAAGAAAGUGCAAUAUGACAUUGAUGGAUAUUCUCUAGAUAUUGUUCUGAAAGAGUAUUCCCAUCAGUAGAGAAUUUUUAAAUGAAUGCUAAUUAAAAAAAGCUUGAGUGAUA